GACAAUGAUAAGCAAAAGGGUUCUGAUGAAUGUUUUGUGAAGCUCACCAAUGAUAAAUCGAAAAGUAAUAUGGAAUAUUUGUUGAUAGAAUUGAUUAAAGGAGAACAAGAUGUAGGCGAUGUAAGGAAUUUAGGAAAAAGGAAACACGACAAUCAGAUAAUAGGUGAGAAAUCUAAUAAAAGAGAAAAAUCACGGGAGGUAUUUGAA